CAAUAUUAUCUUCCCCCUCCCGUGUGAAUGCGUGGUGGUACGUACGUUGCGGAAAGUGACUAAAAUGAGCAGAUAAAGUACAAACUCAUCGUAAUGGGACUGAUAUGAGUUUUAUUGAAGUUAGGUAGUAGUAGUAGUUGCCAUGGAAACGCAGGGAGAAAUCAAAGCUACGUCAGCGGAGACCUUUUACCCGCGUGAUGAAGACAUUGAGAAAUGGAUGGCCAACGCAUUUGAUAUGGCCAAAGACGCUCUGGAGAAUGGCGAGGUGCCCGUUGGAUGUCUGAUGGUCUACAAUGAUGAAGUCGUGGGCAGAGGAAGGAAUGAGGUCAACGAGACCAAAAAUGCGACUCGUCACGCGGAGAUGGUCGCUCUGGACCAGCUCCUGGACCGGUGUCGCCAUAGCAACCUAGAUGUGAGGAGUGUGUGCGAGCGAACCGCCCUGUAUGUCACCGUGGAGCCGUGCAUCAUGUGCGCAGCAGCCCUACGCCUGCUCAACAUCCCCGUGGUCGUGUACGGCUGCAGGAACGAGCGGUUCGGAGGCUGCGGUUCGGUUCUGGAUGUUUCCUCUGCAGACUUACCUCAGACUGGGAACACGUUCAAGUGUGUGUCAGGUCACAGAGCACAGGAAGCUGUAGAGAUGCUGAAGACUUUCUACAAACAGGAGAAUCCAAACGCCCCAAAACCUAAAACAAGGAAGGACUGACAUUUUCCAUGAGUUGUAGAUUUACUUUUUUAUAUAUUGUUUGUAUUUACCUUUUCAUAUUUGCUGUAAUGUAAUAAAUGAUGUUAUAACUGG